AUUUCUUUAUUUCUAUGGAAUUAUAAUUGACUCCCAUGUAAAUUCUUAUAAAGAAAUGUUGCUUUUAUUGCUCGAUUUGCAUUAUCACACUUGAUGGACAUAAGUGAACAAAAGGAGUAUGUGAAAUAAAUAAAACGGUACUACAGCUUUUACUCCGACAUUUUUGUGCCCUUUUUGUAGGAAUUGAUGAAAUCGCAAUAGAUUUGAAGAGCAAGAAACUCAUGGUGGUCGGAACAGUCGACCCCAUCAGUGUCGUGAGCAAACUGCGGAAGAAGAACUGGCCAGCCAACAUAAUAUCAGUAGGGCCAGCAAAAGAACCCGAGAAAAAAGAGGAGCCAAAAAAAGAAGAAUCCAAGAAAGAGGAGCCGAAAAAGGAAGAAACUAAGGAAGAAUCGAAGAAAGAAGAGAGAAAAAAAGAAGAAACGAAGAAAGAGGAGGGUAAGAAGGAAGAGGAGAAGAAGCCCGGCCCUGAACCGAUGGUAAUGCCAUAUCGGCCUUAUUAUCCUUCCAUGCAAUCAUAUUACCAUCCACAUCACAGCAUGGAUGAAAAUCCAAACGCAUGCAUCAUAUGCUAAGCCGGUUGGAAACUUAAUCUUUUUUUUUUCCCGUUGGCUUUGGAAUUCAAUGGAAUCGACGCAAACCUGAGACCGUUCUAGACAGUCAAACUCUGCUUACAGACAAUGAUACUACGAUAAUAUUUUAAGAUUUUGUGAUAUAUAAAGCAGCCAAUAAACUAUUUGCCAUCAUUUUCAUGUACAAGUCACCUUGUGUAUAUAUGAGUGGUUGCAUUAAUAUAUGGUUGGAAGCUUUGCUGGAAA